AUGCUAUUAAAGUUCACGUCAAGAUAUUCACGCUACGGUAGUACCGGAAAUAAAAACUUGAAUGCUUACAACAGUAGCGUAGGAUGUUGCAAGAAGAACAUUUUAUUGAAAGAUACUAAAGCGGAAUUAAAAGAAGUCUUCAAGAAUCAACAAAAAUCUUUGGUCGUCACGAUUGAGGAACCAUUUGAAGGAAGUGACAAUAUUCUUAUUUCUUUUUCAUUCAGAUUUCCUGGACUAUGCAACAUAUUUAACAUAUUUCCCAAAACGAAACAAGAAGUGAUCUUAAAAACUCUUCCCGACCGCGACUUUAAAUAUCAUGUUUUACUCUUUGGUUUAUUGCAUCAACUAGGAAGUCAGAACCAUCGAAUGGAAUAA